AUGGAGCCACGGAGUUUCAAAAAGCUCGCCCCAGCACCAGCGAAGCCUGGUAACGAAUCCCCGGUCGCCGCCCCCACCCAAGGAAGUCGAAGAAGCAUAACGAGAAACGCCUGCUCGCCGUGCAAAAACAAGAAGGCAAAGUAUGCAAAGUCCAGGAACCCGAUGCUAAAAGCACAGUGUGAUGGAAACCGACCCGAGUGUGGUAGAUGCCAGAAGAAAGGCGGUACGUGCCUAUACGAAGUGAAUAGACGGGAUAUCGCCAAGCUACAACUCAUGAGUGACUCUGAUGCCGCCAGAUUGCAGAGUCUCGACAUGAUAUUCGCGGUAUUGCAACAUGGAACCGACGAAGAAACUGCCGAGCUCCUAGCCCAAAUCAGACUUGGAGGACCAGCCGAAACGCUUGCAUCUGCCUCUGGUCUUCGAAGUUUUCAUCAUCCGACCUCGGUACCCUACGAGACAUCUGCAGUCCUACCCAAUUCUGGACCAUCCAUUACAUGCGAGGACCCCGAUCACCCCUCCGCGGCAAGGACGCCUCAUGGGUUCCUAGACCUUCUCGGUCGAGAUGAUUGGUCUCAGUCCGCCGAAACCAGCACUUCCUACAGCAACCAAAUACCGGAAGGCGAAAGUGGCGAUUUUCUAAAUGAUUCUAUUCAUUCUCGACUUCGAAAAGCCUAG